ACUUUAACCGAGAAAUAAAUACAGAGAAAAUGCGACCCAAUUCGCCACUGUUAUACUAAAAUAAAUCGCAGCAGAAGAGGAAGCAACUGAUUGGCGGUGGCCUGAGUUCAAAAAAAUGUUGGCAAGUUCAGAAGGAGGAGCUCCUGAGGUCACUCUAGAAACUUCCAUGGGCAAUUUCACAGUUGAGCUAUACAACAAGCAUGCACCAAAAACUUGUAGGAACUUUCUUGAACUAUCUCGCAGGGGUUCUUAUAAUAAUGUGAAAUUCCAUCGAAUUAUUAAGGAUUUUAUAGUGCAAGGAGGUGAUCCGACCGGCACCGGAAGAGGAGGACAAUCUAUAUAUGGUGCAAAGUUUGAGGAUGAGAUAAAGCCUGAAUUGAAGCAUACUGGAGCUGGCAUUUUAUCCAUGGCGAAUGCUGGUCCAGAUACCAAUGGAAGCCAGUUCUUCAUUACUUUGUCGCCAACUCCGUCAUUAGAUGGAAAACAUACCAUUUUCGGUAGAGUUUGUCAAGGAAUGGAAGUAAUCAAAAGACUUGGCAGCGUCCAAACUGACAACAACGAUAGGCCUAUCCAUGACGUGAAGAUUUUAAGAACAUCAGUCAACGACUAAAUUUGGUUCUAUUCGAGGAAAAAAAUCCCAUCAGCGGCAAACUACUUCCUGCAGGACUGCAGAGUGUUUUGUAUUGAGAAAUAUGAGCUGAUGUAAUUGAACUGAACGGCAUGCAUGUAGAAGCAAAAGAGAAACAUUUAGAAGAGGGAUUAUAGGCCCCCGUACGCUAAUCUUCUUCGUCCUCAGAUUUUGGCUAUUCUGCUACUGCCUAUUAUUCUGAUAAUAGUCCCUUGUAAUAGGUCUUUUCAAACAAAAAUCUUUCUAUUCAUGAACAAGCAAAUGUCAUUGAACUAAAUUUCAAGUUUUUGUUAUCGAACUAACUAAAUUUCAAGUAAUUAGUUGCUUUUAUGCAA